AUGCGCUUCUUUGCCACCUUGAACGGUACCGUCAAGUGGUUUGACGUCAAGAAGGGUUUCGGCUUUAUCGUCCCCGAUGAUGGAUCCGAAGAUGUCUUUGUACACCAGACGUCCGUGCAUUCCGAAGGCUUUCGUUCCUUGGCGGAGGGUGAACCCGUCGAGUUUUCCAUCAAGGAGGACGAUCGUGGUCGCAAGAGUGCCGAACGCGUGACG